GUAAUAGUUUAUCGUUGUGGAUGGGCAAUGGCGACAUAUCCGGUAUGGUAUUUCGGUAUUGUUUGUAAUUUCUGCCUGGUCGUACGUGAAGAAUGCUUUUAACGGAUCGAAGAAAUUAUUAACAAUAAUUGUUUAUAUUUCUGAUUCAAAUAUUUGUUGUAGUUGCAUGUAACACAGAUAUACGUUGAAGAAAUCCAAAUGUAAAAAUUCGAAUUGCUAAAAAUCGUUCGCGUUAGAUACCCUAGCGUUGACGUGAAUUGGAGCAGUAAUCUCGCAUAAUUGAAAUUUUGUAUGAGAAAAAUAAUUUUGGAAUUCGAUCAUUACGUGAGAAAAUCAAGGGAUAACAUGAGGAAAGCAAAAAGAAAACAAAAAACACAGAAAGAGCAGAUGAAAAGUGUAAUUUGUACAAGGGCUGCUGUAAAAUCUAUACAGUGUAAUGAUAUGAGUUCCCCACUGAAAAAAGAAGCCAAACUAGAUAAUAAUAUGCAUGUAAAAAAUGAUAAUUUAGAUGAAACACAUUUAAUGACUGAAUAUAAAUCACCUGUCCACAUAGAUUCGUAUUUCUGCCAACGAAUCACAAAUGUUGAAAGUUCAAAUAUUUCUAAUAGCAAAGCUUCCAUAUUGACUAUUGAAGAAAUAUUCUACACCAAUGAACAGAUUAAUGUACAAAAUGAUAUCCUCACUGAUGUUGGUCACUUCAGAACAGAUGAAACACCUGUAGCAGUACCUAUUCAUAAUCCAUCUACACCACAUAGGAUAAAUAUGCCAAACAAUCAUUUAGAAGAUUUAGAUGAAGGAAAUGAUAAACACAAAAAACCAGUGACUCCUGAAGUUAAUAUACAACAGCAAGCUUUAAAAAAGUCGGCUAAUCGUGGUCGUAGUAAAUUAAAUAGUAACCAAAUUAUUAACCCACGUUCAACAAAUUCUUCAAAUGACAAAAGUACAAAUCAUAAAGUUACCGAUUAUUUUCCCGUGCGUCGCAGUAUAAGAAAACCUAAAAAGAAAGUGUUAGAGGAAAAACAACGUGAUAUGGAGAAUAAAGUGCUUGAACAAGUAGAGGAAGGGUUAGAGGUAAGACAUUUUCCUGGUAAAGGUCGUGGCGUCGUAACAACGCGAGAAUUUAUGAAAGGAGAAUUUGUAGUCGAAUAUAUUGGUGAAUUAAUUGACCAAGUAAAAGCAAAGGAGCGAGAAGAAGAAUACGCACAAGAUCAGAACACCGGAUGUUAUAUGUAUUAUUUUCAACAUCGUAAUCAGCAGUAUUGUGUCGAUGCAACAAAAGAGACUGAUAAGUUAGGUAGACUGGUAAAUCAUUCAAGAAAUGGUAAUUUAAUUGCACGAAUAAUCGAAGUAAAAACAAAGCCUCAUCUGGUACUUACGGCAAAAGAAAACAUACCUGUUGGGGUAGAGGUAACAUAUGAUUACGGGGAUCGAAGUCGUGAAGCUAUUCGUCAUCACCCAUGGUUGGCAUUAUAGCACCUUCAGAUUAAUUAAUUGCGUAGUAUGGAAUUGUAUUGUACAGAAUUCUUUUAACUGAUUUUAUUCCUCCUAUGAAGGAACAUUACAUAUAGGGAAAAUUUUAGUUGAAUUUUACAAAAAAGCAUACAUGAUAUAAAAUAUAUUCGUAUAUCUGCUUCGUUUAGUAUUUACAUAUUUCCUUAAUUGUUUUACGAAAAAUCCAUUGUGUGUCUAUUUUAUAUUGUUUUUUUGACUGUCAAAAAAACUAAACUUACAGAAUAUACGUACUAAAAAUUUGUAAUAUCUUUCAAUAUAUCUAAUUAUGUACUAUUUUAACACUUCACAAUACUUAUCUCUUACAAAUUUAUAAAUAUCCAUUACUAUUCAAUUAAUAACAAAUGCUUCAUCUAGUCCUAGCUUUAGUCUAGUAUUUAUUAAAGUUGGGGAUUUUAACUACAUACCUCAAUAUACUAGGCCAAAACUUCUGGUUGAAGGAUUUGUGAUACCAUGACUCGGAAUAUUUUCAUGUUCUUCUAAAUUUUAAAUCACGGAGUACUUCGAUCUCUGUACUGUAAUAUUUAUGUUUUAAAAUGACUUUGUUUCUAUCAAUUGGUCACUGCCAUGAUUCAAGUAACGAUUCAAAAGAAAAAAUACAUUGGGAGUAAUUUCUCAGAAUAGUGUAAAAAUGUUCUGAUUUUUCAGAUAUCCCAAAAGAAUAAACAGUGUCUUCAUAUGAAAAAAAUAGUUUUUAGUAAUUAUGUUAAAUGAAUACACAUAGAAUUCGUAUAUUGUGCACCUAAGUACUUUCACCAAUAUUUCAUCAGUAUUCUUUUAUCUUUUAUUAAUUUACUUAUAAGUAGUAGUACUAGCUUAUAAGACACUUGUUCAUUGUAAUUCUACAGUUUUAUUAAUAUGUAUUGUAUUUAUGUAAUAAUGUUUAAUAUUAUUUAUUCAUACAUUAAAGUAUUUUAUACAAUUGAUUUCAUGACAAUUUCCAAAUUAAAAUUCCAUGUUGAUAUUAAUAUUGUAAUAUGUAUUGUUGCUAUUCAUUAUUAUCAUUAGUAAUAUGCAAAAUAUGAAUUGUAGAGAUACAUCCUUGUUUUAACCACAUUGUGUGUAAAAUAUAUAUUAUUUAUUUUAAAACUGUAAAUAAAUCUCAAAAAUAUACUAUCA